CAGUGACAACACAGGGACAGUGAUGGCAGAGCUGGAGAUUGACCAGUCCAACCUUCCACGUGUCCAGGAAGUGUGCCAGUGUUUUGCUGUGCUGGAGGAUGGAGCGUUGGCACACCACCUGCAGGAGCAGGAGAUUGAGCAAUACUAUACCACCAACAUCCAGAAGAACCAGCUAGUGCAGAAUGACAUCCGCGUAGCCAAGAAGAUGCAGGAUGAAGAGGAGGAGGAGCAGGCCCAGCAGAGUGCCCUCCUCAGACAGGCGUCCAGACAACUGGAGGAGCAGGACUUUGAGUUUGCCCGUGUAAUUCAGGAGGAGAUUCAGCGGUGUGCUGAGGAAGCCCAGAGGAGGGAGCAGGAUGAUGAGGAAAUUGCUAAACAAAUGCAGGAAGAAGAAGAACAGAGGACCAGCAGGAGGAGCAGAGACCAGGAGGCCCAUAGUGAAGGCAGCACUAGCAAUCCUGCUCCGCCAUCCCCAAACCAGAACACAUGCAGCAGCCUUGACCAAGGAGAGGAGCAGUACUCAUCUACCACCACCAGGUGGCAAUGUUCCACCUCUCACAACCAUUCAAACUUAACCGGGCCUCAGGCUGACUGCCCCAGAGGGGUUGCAGCUCAGAAAAACACAAGAUCAUGGUCAAAUGAAGGACACACAUAUUCCAUUAGGCAAAUCAGGAGUGAAUUAACUGAGUCUUUUAGUGAGGAUUCAGAGGACUCGGACACAUUUUUCUCUGAACAGCUCUCUCUCAGGUCUCAGAGACUGAAUGAAAGACACAACACAGCACCUCCCCGACGACGAGCAUCUUUACAUCAGCCGCGAGAGAGAAACUACAGAAGUCUUAGCACUAACAGCAGGUUCACAGAGGAGCAUCGAGGCAGGGAGGAGGAAAUAGGAGAGAGGGAUGAGGAUUAUUAUGAAAAUGAUCACCUAGAGAAGAGGAGGCCUAGGGAUGGGAAGCAGGAAAGGAACCAUAGAGGGGAGAAUGAGGGUUGGCGCAGGAGCAGCGAUCACGAUAGAGACUUUAGGUUAGUAGAGGGUAGAGAAAGGCGAUGUAGUCGCAGUGAAUCUGUCAGGCUACCUGCCAGGAGUAGUACCUGGACCUACAAGGACAACCCGGACAAACAUGUUCGCUUUCAGAAUGACACCAGGAUUUCUAACGGGCACCAGGAUGAAAGCAGCCGAGUCUGGGAGAUGCUAGGCCAGGUCCUCAGAGAGAGAGGUGUGCCCGUGAGGUUUGGUGGCAAUGAGGCACCCCUGCAAAUAAGACCUCAAAGCAGAGACAGCCAAGUGCUUCAUGGGAGUGAGGUCUCCUGCGGCGACUCCCAACCACAUCAGAGAGUCUUCCAGAGAGCUGCCACCACCAGGCACAGUUUCCAUGGAGAUAUCAGGGAAAGGAGGAGAUUGUCAUACCAAGAGAACUGUGUGAGAGAUCACAGAGUAGACCGAGACAGGCACCGAGACGAUAUGGAGCAUGAGGGAGCGGUUUAUGAGAUUAGUAGUAGAGACUCAUAUUUGAUUAACAGGGAAGGGGGAGGCAGUAGAAGGUGGAAGGAGCACCGGCACACUAAUGGUGACGAGGGGGAGAGGAAUGCAAAUGAUUGCAGGGUCAAGAGGACAACUAGCGAACGCAGGCAUUGGCACAGGACGAUAGAUGAAAGGUUAAGCUCAGAGGAGGAGCAGGAGGUGGCGAGGAGAGUAGAGCGGCCCCAUCACAGAGCCUCACAGCGUAGCCAAAGCCUCAGCAACAGCGGGGCUUCAACCAGGGAUAGGUCAAGGAACAUGGCAGCAGGUACUGUAACACCCAGAACUGCAGCCAACUCCAAUCUGCAGAGGGAAAGCUUCCAAAGCUGUACUCCCUAUCUCUGUGUGCAUCUGCUCCUCUCAUCUUCCUUCAAUCAUCGUCAAAUCUGGAGAAAUUUUGUCUUUAGUGGUAAUUUGGGGUCUCUAACUGAAGUGGGAUAUUUUCCUGUUUGAUUUCUACAAUUCCAGUAGUCCUGAAAUAAUCUUCAGUGAUUCUUAUCUUCACCCUCAUCAUCAAUCUUUCAAUCUUGAUGUAGCCAGAGAAAAAAUACAAUGGGAUCAAUUUCAAAACCUAGCAACAUGACUUUACUUGCUGUCCUCUCAUCUUUCGGUGUGACUCAAAUUUCAUCGGCCUCUUUGUGAUUCAGAUUCCCCUGCAUUUAUGAAUCAUCACUGAUUUUCACGUCUUACA